UAUACCAGACUACAUGAUCUUUGCAGUAUGUGGAGCUUUCUCUAAAACUUUGGAGAGAGUCUCUUUGUUUGCGGAUGAAGGUUGCGUGUACGAAAAGAACCGAGCUUGUGAAGCGCUUAUGGCUACAAAAGUGCGAGGACAUUUCCGACGACAACUGGAAUUUACCACAGUUUCUCGAUUGAUCAAGACAGGCAUUAAGCCUGUUCGCCUCGACACGCAGUAUCGCGUGGAUCCUGACAUUGCUUCGUAUUUUCGGGACUUUACCUACAAUGGGAUUCACAAACCCCAUGAUCGCAUCUUUUGUGAUAGCCUUUCGGCACGCAAAUCGGUGUAUCUAUUCACAAUUCGAUGGGUCGUUGAUACCUUCAAGAAGCCGGCUGAGUCGUGUAAGGGUUCGGUUUUUGUAAACGUCGAGGACGGUCAAUGCCUGAGUCUGAAGAAUACCACGGGGAGGAACAGAUUCUGGUUUUGACGUUCUUUAGGAGAUCUGUUGCUCCAAUCAAAGAAUUCCUCAAGUCUCAGGGUUUGUAUCCACGAGUCGAGCAUGUCGACUCGGAGCGGAUCAAAGAUGGGCCCAAUGCUGUUGUUAUCAUCGACGUUCCCACUUCUGAUAUCGUCAACCCUUACACAGGCGAUCACCUCAGCGAUUCAAGACGCAAUGAGAAAGCACUCGUGCUUCCUAGUAGUCUUAGGAUCGUGGUCGGGCGAGAAGAUCUAGGACAGUCUAAUGAUUUCUUUGCGCCCUCCACUAAGCCCUCCUAUGGAGAGAGCUUUUGGCUGAAUUUUGUCACUCAUCAUAUGAGACAAGGGAUGGUCAAGAGUGUGAAUGUUGGCGACAGAAUUCUGAAGUAUGAGAGAGAUCUGGAAUCGAAAAACUAUUGGAUGGUGUCUGAGUAUAGGACCGAGGCGUCUGAGAUGUUCGAUGCUGUGAGAUUUGACGAAGAGGACGAAGACACAUCGAUUCCUCUAGUGGAAGCUGGUGAAGCUGGCGUCGAAAGGUUGUCUGAUCAUGAUAUUGAGCGACAUGAACGUUCGUCUUCGGUGGAGGCCGGCUUCGAAAUAUCGUCUUUCGAUCAUGAUGCUGAGACAGAUCAAAGCCCACAAUCGGUGAUGGAUGGUAAUAUUUGGAAACGAAAGGAGUUGGCAUUAGGUAGCUCCGAGUUGAACGAAACACCCUCAGCCAGCUAUGAUGAGGGCUCCAAAUAUGGUAAUGAUAUAGACAAACUGGAUCGGAUCAAGAAGUCGAAUUGGAGGUAGCGUAAUGAUAGCUUGUUGUUUGUAGAUAUUACGUGAAGAAGGGUAAAGUAUGCCAACAUAUGGCUUCAAAAGAAAAAGGAUAUCUCGAGCAUCAUCAAAAGCG